AUGAAGACAUUUGGCGAUAACAAAGAAUUUGAGCUCGAAAUACAAAGACCCCUUGAUGACGAUGAGAAAACACUUUUUGGUGAAAAGCCGGACGAAUCUGCUCAUGACGACGAUUCCGAGACACAAGAGAUCGAAGACCCUGCGGAGGCCUCAAGGAGCAUUCACAAUGAUUUCUAUGCCUUGCCCCCGCUCGAUCCCGAUCUGGAGGAAAUUCUCCAUGCUGGAAACGAUGAUGUCGAAAUAAAGGCAUAA